AUGAAAAUGACUCCUUCUUUAGUUCGAUUAUAUGAGCAAAUGCCCAAACUAAAAUAUGUUAGUUCUAUGGGAGCUUGUACAAUUAUAGGAGGUAUGUUCAGUACCAAUUCUUAUAGUAUUGUUCGGGGCGUGGAUAAGCUAAUUCCUGUGGAUGUCUAUUUGCCGGGCUGUCCACCUAAAUCGGAAGCGGUUAUAGAUGCUAUAAAAAAACUUCGUAAGAAAAUAGCUCGAGAAAUCCAUGAAGGUCCAAUUAGUUAUCAACAUAGGUGUUUUACUACCAACCACACAUUUGAUGUUGGAGACAGUACUCAUACCGGCAAUUCUAAUCAAGGAUUAUUCUAUCAACCAUCAUCUAUUUCCGAGAUAACCUUUGACACAUUUUGGAAAUAUUAA